UUCGAUGCAUCGAUUAUUCGAUUAAUUUCAACACCUCUAGUUUCGAUACCAAUACCGUGACUUUGAUAAUGGUUCCUGAACGAUACUUUUUCUGAUAGAACUUUUAUAACACAAAGAAAUGACCUACACAUUAUAAUAGAUACCCAUUAAUUUGAUACAGUUUCUACUUGCUAAAUUUCAUAUUAGCUCUUAAUUUGCCAACCACAAACCAUCUUUUUUAAUAUUCGAAAAUGAACUCAAACAUUACAUUUGGUCUACUCAGUUUUCGAAAAACAAAAAAGCUAUUAAAACCGUCAAUCAAGAUCUUCAUACACUUAUUUUUUUAUUUUUUUUUAUUUAAUUGCAAUCCCCCUGACAUAAUGUAUGUUUUGUUUUUUUAUGUUCUGACUGCAUGUCUUUGAAUGCUGUCUAAAUAAAAGCCUAACAAAACAAAUUAAAAUAAAAAAAGCAUUCUUCAUGAUUAGUCUGCCCGACUGAAUGCAUUUUUUGGCAUUUUUUUGAAUUGCAUGGUCAGAACUGGUGCCCGUUCUUAGAGACUAACCACAGCCAGUUCACUUGUGAAGACUAGACUCACACCUUUUGCAAUUAGCAAGCUACACAUUUGUCACAUUUGUAAAUGGAUUUUGGCAUGAGGCUGUCCAUGUUAAACAGCUAUAGGGCUGGGUAUCGUCCAAAAAGUGGUUUAUUUUAAACACCUUCACAUACGUAUUUGUUACGUUGUUUUGUUUAUACAAAAUAAUAUUGGUUGUUUUUAAAUAUAUUUCUCUUAUCUUGGCACAUCCCAGUCUCACAUUUUAGUGAAGAAGUUAUUGUCUAAUGUGUCUAAUAUGUCGUUUUCCAGUCCUACUGCACUCCCAUUGAAACCAACAACUCAGAAGAGAUUCAGACACUGGAAGUUGCACUCCCUUAAGUGGUACCGGUGCGGUCCUGAGCUGCUGGGAGAAUCGGUGCGACCCAUGUUUGUCCAGAGCCACCUGGACUCAGGCACCAAGGCUUUUCUCAAGCAGAGCGUGGAGAAGUCUGGUUGGCUGUUCACCCAGCUCUACCACUCUUUUGCAUCAACAGUCCUAAGCCCACUGGUCUCACGCACCUCCAUUAAUGGGUUUCUGGGUCGCGGUUCUAUGUUUGUGUUUUCUGAGGAGCAGUUCCAGAGGCUACUCGGCAUCAGCCCGGAUUGGAGGGCUGACAGACUCCUGGACCUCGGCGCUGGGGAUGGAGGGGUCACAGAGGUGAUGGGAGCCCACUUCAGAGAUGUCUAUGCAACUGAGGUCUCAUUACCCAUGAGAUGGCAUCUUCAGAGGAGGAAUUACAAGCUGCUGGGUAUAGAUGAGUGGCAGCAGGCUGGUUUCCAGUACGAUGUGGUCAGCUGUCUGAACCUGCUGGACCGCUGUGACGAUCCUCUGCAUCUCCUGCGGGACAUCAGGCAAUCGCUCGUUCCCAACACAGGGAGACUCAUCCUGGCUGCAGUGCUUCCCUUCCAGCCGUAUGUGGAAGUCGGAGGAAGAUGGCAGCGUCCCAAAGAACAUAUAAAAGUAAAAGGAAAAACAUGGGAGGAGCAAGUGACCAACCUGUCCAAUGAUGUUUUCCAAAGGGCGGGGUUUGAGGUGGAGGCUGUGACCCGGUUGCCAUACCUCUGUGAAGGGGACAUGUAUAACGAUUACUACGUCCUAGACGAUGCCGUUUUUGUCCUCAAGGCCUCAGAGGAUAAGUCUGCCUGAGUUCCAAAUGCACUGUGGGAACGUCAGAGGCUUUUUUUUUUUACUUUAUCUUGGUAGGUGGAUUUUAGACCCAAUUUUCAUAAUCAUUAUUCAUAAAACACAGUAUUUCUGACUGGAUUUCUUUAGAAAUGGUGUCAGCUGUGAAGCUCAGGUACUGUAGUUCCUCCAUUUUCCAGCCAUCUUGUAUGACGGUGAUACCUCUACUUUUUAAGCAAAAAAUAACUGAAUGGCAGUUUGCCUAUGUUGAAAUGCCACUAAAAAUCAAAUCAUCUAGGUCAUAUCGCCAUCCUGUAGGUGUUUGUUCUUUAAAGUCUGUUAUCUGUGGGAAGUGUUUACUGUUUGAUCAUUCUGUAAUAUCUACUGGAAUAAUCAUGGUUGAGUUAGCACUUUAAUUAUUUCAGUUUCUGAUGCAAAGUAUCAGUGUAUGCACAUACUUGAUUCAACCAUUCCGAAUUUGGCCUUUUGUAUUUUAAUGCUUUAAUUUUUUUUUACUUUUCAUUAGUUAUAACCAAAAUAAAAUGAGGCCUUCUUAAAGCGAACCUGUGCAUUGCCGAAAAAUGUUUAAAGCUGCUCUGCAGUGUUUUAACUUCACCUUUUAGUAUCGGCUCAACUCGCUUGGAACCUCAGUGGUAACAAAAAAGUACCAGGUACUAUACACAACUUUUGCCAAUGGAAAGCCAAAAAAAGAUUGGUUCCAAGUGAGUUGAGUCGGGUCGUACCAUGCAGUGAAAAUCAGGCAAUUGUUCAUCAACUAUUUGUUAACUUUAUUUGUCUGCUGUUUCAGUGUCCCCCCCACAGUGUAGUGCAAGCCCGGUGGCCUGAAUCUAAGUUUCUGGGAAUUAUUUUUUAUGUAUUUUUAAUACAUUUAACUACAGUUAGUGGGGCAACUCACUUUGUAAACUUAGAUAUAUUUUCAAAUCUCCAGUUAGCUUUUAGCACUGACUUAUUAAUGUGGGGCCCUAUGGCAUCUGUCUUAUAGCUUUUUUAAAUUAUCAAUUUCGCGAGUCCGACCAUUAUUUGGUAUCACAGAAACUAUUGGGCCUAGAAUAAUGCUGCCAUCAGUCUGGGACCGGCCCCAGCUGGGCCCUCGUCCAAAAAAUACACUUGCCACCGGGCUAUACAACUUUUCUGGGGGGAAACCCUGCGUUUUUUAGCUGAAAUACAGCUGCAGCUGGAAUUGAAGUUGCUGGUGGAAUGGCCCAAACGCCGUAAAGCUGGGGGAUGGGGGAGAGGUUCACGCCGGCAAUACACCUACUACGAGCGACCCCUUUGACAUUACAUGUAGUCAUUUGACCCAUUGUUAAAUGAAACAUACUGAUUAGUGCAGCUUUAAUGCUGAAACAGUGUAACCGUAGAACAAGUAGAAAAAAGCCGUAAAGCUGCCAAACUGACUGUCAGUUACACAGCUAACCAACGUUCGCCACCAUAAGCUACUGCUAGCACUGUAGCAGCAAAACUCCUGAGUGUAUUGAAUUAAGCAAGGAUGUGUUUUAUUACUUUGGAAUUCAACUUUUUAGAGGGAGACGUAAUUAUUUAAUCUUUUAAAAGUUACAUGGUCUCGCUUUACAUCAGUGCUGCACAACGGAUUAUUAAAAAGGUGCCACAAUUAUUGCAAUAUUUGCAUUGAAAGUGUGUUAUAUGGGUUCCAUAAUAAAAAAAAAAAUACAUAAUUUUC